AUGGAUCUUGCACUAUAUAAUACUGGAACACAAUCUCCACUGGAUCAAUUCAAGUACGAGGUGGACAUCACUCGUCCCGGAUCGUUCGGUUUUUGUGCUGUUUUCAUUGUGGCUACAAUUUUGCGUUUUCCACGCUUUCCAAUGUCCUACAAAAUUGGACAGAUUGCUCAUGCCCAACAUCCAGAAUUCUCACUUUUUCAUGGUCCGGACCACAUUCAGUACUGUGUUCAGAAGGAUUUGGAUUUCUGUGAGCACUUUCUUCGAGAGAACUUUCCAGAACAUUCUGUUAAAUUUUCUGGAAAUAUUGUUUGUGUAAUGGUGCCAAGAGAUGGAUUUAAAUGUGGGAAGCAACUUCAAGAAUUCCUCCCAAAAGACGGAAAACUGGUUGGGAGCUAUUUGACCUACCAAUUGGCCACCGAUCGUGCUAUUAUCACCCAUUACAAUCUUCCGGACGGUCGCCGCUUUGUUGCUGGCAUCGGAAUCUACCCACGUCUUCUAACCUACGAGACAGGCUUCUUUUAUUCAUUCCCGAUCAAUGAGGACAUAUGCCAGGAAGCUAUGGAGAGCGGCUACGACUAUGUUCCCCCGAAACCCAGAAAAUGGACCAAAAGACGAGCGGAGAGGUUUGAAAUGGUGACGAAGGCUGCAAGAGAUGCGGGACUAAUUCGACCAAAUGAAUUCUUGGGAAACGUUCGAUUUGUUGAGAAUCCACCAGUUUAUACGAAAUUGAUUAUAGAGGAGGAGGAGAAAUUGAAAGAAUAA